AUGACCGGUCCGUCGAUUCAAGACCGAACUAGCGAGUUCAGCGCUAUCCUGGGCCAAGCCCAGAAGCGUAUGGGCACCUCGAAAGUCGGGUCACAGCGCCAGGCCUUAUUGACAGACGCGCAAAGGCGACAAGCCAAUGCGUCACCUCAAGGUGCCGCGCAGGAGGCCAAGGUGGCCCGAUCAGAGUUCGCGCGGAGAGCUCGUGAUAUUGGCCGGGGAAUUACGGGGACCAUGGCAAAGCUGCAGCGAUUGGCCGAACUGGCGAAACGGAAAUCUCUCUUUGAUGACCGACCCGUCGAAAUAUCCGAAUUGACUUACGUGAUUAAGCAAGAUCUUGCCGGGCUGAACCAAAGCAUCGCAUCAUUGCAGGCUCUCACCCAUGCGCAGCACCCCAAGUCGAAUCGCUCCAAAACGGACCAAGAGGGCGAACACAAUGACAAUGUUGUCGUUAUGCUUCAAGGAAAGCUGGCCGAUGUAGGCGCCAGCUUCAAAGAAGUGCUCGAGGUCCGCACCAAGAAUAUCCAAGCAUCCCGAACACGAACCGAGAACUUCGUUUCCUCGGUAUCUUCCAAGUCUCAGAAUGCCCUCGAUACCCAGCGCUCAGACUCUCCUCUCUAUAAUCCGGCGGGGCGCCGAACACCACAACCCGGGUAUCAAGGCAACUCCUCCGACUUAUUGACCCUCGAACCUUCGAACCCUUCACCCCUCGGACGGCCAUCUUUCCAAUCAGACCAACAGCUGAUGGUCAUGGAAGAAGGCGAGUCGAGUAAUACAUAUGUUCAAGCCCGAGGCGAAGCCAUCGAAGCCAUCGAGCGAACCAUCAGCGAACUGGGCGGCAUUUUUGGUCAGCUUGCACAAAUGGUCAGCGAACAAUCCGAGAUGAUCCAACGUAUUGAUGCCAACACGGAGGAUGUCGUGGACAAUGUCCAAGGCGCCCAGCGUGAGCUCAUGAAAUAUUGGACUCGUGUGUCCGGCAAUCGCUGGCUCGUUGCCAAAAUGUUCGGUGUACUGAUGAUUUUCUUCCUUCUCUGGGUCUUGAUUUCGUGA